AGGAACAAAAACAUCCAGAAGGUUCAAAUUCUUCAAUUGAAAUCUGACAAUGUCUUCAUUGAUUGGGCGCAAUGGGUGCCGAGUCCACAGCGCCCCAUUGGCCAGGCGCUUCGCAGUUUUUAGUUCUCUUUUGUUUGUUUUCAGCUCUUGGCAGUACAAAGCAUUUCCCUGUCAGCUUGCUGCUGCUGUUCCCUUUGGCAUCGGCUCAGGAGCAGAUGAUGGGUGCUCCAAGUCCUAACUCUUUGCUGCAAGAUCUGCGGAGCAUGCAGUUUCCUGGAUCCCCGGGUGGUGGAUUUCAGGGAGUUCAGCAGCAAAUGGGAACUGGGUUGGGUUUAGGGAACCAGGUGGGCCAAGGAUUAGGUGGAGUUGGCUCAAUGCAAGGUCAAAUGGGUGGGGGCAUUGGCCAGAUGGGUGCAAACCAGAUGGGCUUUGGCCAAAUGGGUAUGGGUCAAGGAAUGGGUCAGGUGGGCGUCGGCCAGAUGGGUAUGGGUGGACAGAUGGGGGUUGGCCUGACAGGAGGACAGAUGAGUGCUGGGCAGAUGGGAAACCAAAUGGGUGGAUUUGGUGGCUUGCCUGGUCUAGGUGGUCUUCCGCAGGGAAGUAUGGGCAUGGGCGGACAGCCAAUGAUGGGUGGACAGCCGAUGAUGGGGGGCCAGCCGAUGAUGGGCGGGCAGCCCGGAUCAAUGGGAGCUGGGGCCAAUCAGUUCCAAAUGCCUGGACCCCACACUGGUAUGGCCUUUCAGCAAAGUCAGGUCCCUCAACCUGCAGAUGAGAGGACUUUGGAAGAUCUUGCCUGCGCAACUGGCCCUUACCGUGAAAUUUGGGGUGCCGCGAAAAACAUAUUCCGGAAGGUUUUUGAGGAGACCUUGCCGUGGCAACCACUUCCAAGAGAAAGACUGUCUUUAGCAAUGGAGUCCGCUUUGCAACUGAUCAAGUCUGCAAACGCCAUGACUCCACAGACUGAAGAAGAGUGCGGCUUGGGAAAAUUGACCAUUCAACUUUUCUCUUUCGCAUCCAUUGAUGAGCCCCAAGUGCUGCUACAGCUAUUCGCUGGGUUCGAGCAACUGGCAUCACCAGUGCUUACAAUGCUCCUGGAUAUGCCAUGGGCAGCUCUCUCACAAACAGGGUGGCCGAUUGUGGCAUUGCUUGCUCAAAUAAAUCUGCGCAAAGCGCAGUUGGGCGCACUCAAUGAUGAAAAAAUUGAUGGGCUGGACACGCCGGUUGGCCGUCAAUUUCAGGCGCAGCUUUUGGCAGCACUCGCAGCCAGGGAUGGAGCGGCUGCGCAAGAUGCAGCUGGAGCCUAUUUGUCCACAGCUCCACAGUCUGAAUCAGAAAGUGCCUUGGGUUCUUUGACUGCGUUGGCCGCCCAGGCUUUGGCAUCCCCAGAUCCACAGGAGCGUUUGCAAAUCCUUGAUGUGCUUCAACAGGCUUUGAAGCAGGUGAUUGGAAGUGGAGCCGAAUUAGAUCUGGCGCUAAGCACGAAAUGGCCUUUGUGGGGCAUCCUGCACGUUGCCAUGGACGCGUUUGCCCAGUAAGAUCGUCGUCAGUGGUGACCAGAGAGCUCGCUGCUGGUCGAGAUCAA